AAAAAGCUUGAAGCUGGGCGUGUCUGAGGCUUGGCGCUUUCUCGCGACCAACAACCAAUCAGGAAUCUCCCGCCCGCCCCCAGCAUACAAAGCAAAAAAAAGCCCGGUUCUUCUACACUAUUGCCAAAAUGGAUGCCGGUUUUGUAGCAACGGUAGCGUUGGUUUAUGCAAUGUCUCGCAGGAGGCCACGUAUAGUGCGUCGCUGUUGGGUACAUACAAUACUCAGAAAACGUCUGCAACGGGGGGAAUACCACGUUCUUGUCCAAGAGCUCCGCCUGGAUGGUGUACUGUUUCAGCAGUACUUCAGGAUGAGCAAAGACGCGUUCGACGAGUUGCUCGGAAAAGUCGGUCCACUGAUUGCAAAGGCAGACACCCGUAUGCGUUUGUCAAUCGGACCCGCCGAGCGACUCGCCAUCUGCCUACGGUACCUGGCAACCGGUGACUCGUACAGGACCAUAGCAUUCAGCUAUCGGGUCGGGCAUGCAACAGUGGCUGUCAUCGUCAAGGAGGUUGCGGGUGCGAUCUGGACCGCGCUGGUCGAGGAGACCAUGCCGGUACCACAGACGGAGGACUGGAGAGCCAUCGCUGCUGGGUUCCAGGAGCGCUGGAACUUUCCAAAUUGCGUUGGUGCCAUUGAUGGGAAGCACGUGGUGAUCCAGGCUCCGGCAAAUUCUGGGUCCCUCUACUUCAACUACAAGUCCAGCCACUCCUUGGUACUGCUGGCUGUCGUGGAUGCCGAGUACCUCUUAAGGGUAGUGGAUGUCGGAGGUUUUGGAAGGAGCAGCGACGGUGGGAGCCUGCGGAAUUCCGCUUUUGGAGAGAGCCUCAGAGAUGGCAGUCUGCAGCUACCACCUGACACCGUCAUCCCAGGAGGAGAGCGGCUGGGCCUUCUUCCCCAUGUGUUUGUUGGAGAUGAGGCUUUUCCGCUGCUGGACAACCUGCUGUGUCCGUUCCCUGGACGUCAGCUCACGCGUGAAAGGAGGCUGUUCAACUACCGCCUCAGCCGGGCCAGGAAGACAAUAGGAAGGUCAUCACGCACACCUGUCGUCGCAGAGUCGAGUGAUGAAGCUCCAACCCUGCGCGAUGCACCUAUGAUGGGCUCAAACAACGCCACACGCCGAUCCAUCCAACUGCGGGAGACCUUCUGCUCCUAUUUGAAUGAGGAGGGUGUAGUGUCAUGGCAGCAUAAAGUGGUGUAG